AUGGCCCUGGUCAACCAGUCCCAGAGUGAAUGCUCAGUCAACUGUCCCUGUCUGACUGAGAUCUGUGUUUUUGUGUGGUUUGUGAGGCAUUUCCUGGAUUCCAACACUGCCAAUUCAAGAUUUGUGUAUUUGCGGGACGUUUUCACAAGCAAUUCAAUGAAAAGGUAUAUGAGUGUCCAGGAAACAAAAGAAUUGCUAACAAGGAGGCAACGGUGCAACUUUCUUCGAUCAUCCCAAAUCCGGGUUCAUCCGACACCAGCCACCUCCGCCAUGCCGCCCAACGAGAUCAUAGUCGUGUACUUGAGGUGCACCAGAGGCGAGGUCGGCUCCACAUCCGCCUUGGCCCCUAAGAUCGGUCCUCUGCGUCUGUCACCCAAAAAAGUUGGUGAUGACAUCGCCAAGGCUACCGGUGACUGGAAAGCCCUCAGGAUUACAGUGAAACUGACCAUCCGGAACAGACAGGCCCAGAUUAAGGUGGUGCCCUCUGCCUCUGCCCUGAUCAUCAAAGCCCUCAAGGAACCACCAAGAGACAGGAAGAAGCAGAAAAACAUUAAACACAGUGGAAACAUCACUUUUGAUGAGAUUGUCAACAUUGCCGGGCAGAUGAGACACCGGUCUUUGGCCAGAGAACUUUCUGGAACUAUCAAGGAGAUCCUGGGUACUGCACAGUCUGUGGGCUGCAAUGUGGAUGGCUGCCACCCUCAUGACAUCAACAGCGGUGCGGUGGAAUGCCCAGCAAGUUAA